GCGAAAACCAAGUCCGCGACGAGCCCAACGGUCACAAUGCCGGAACGAUCAGACGCAACGUCAUCGCAAGAAACCACAACUUCCAAGUCAGUGGAAUCAUCGACUACGGACGUGGCGACUAAGACAUCUACGAGGCCUAUGACCACGGUGUCAGACACAACGACAUCUCAAGAAACCACCGCCUCCAAUUCGGUGAAAACGGAAGCCAAAACCAAGUCCGAGCCGAGCCCUACGAUCACGAUGCCGGAACGAUCAGAGGCAACGACAUCGCAAGUAACCACAACAUCCAUCAGCAGAAUUAUCGACUACGGACGCGACGACCAAGUCUACGACGAGUUCUACGACCACGAUAUCAGACACAACAACAUCGCAAGACACCAUUACCUCCAAGUCAGCUACGGACGUGGCGACCAAGACGGCUACGAGGCCUAUGACCACGGUGUCAGCCACAACGACAUCGCAAGACACCACCACCUCCAGUAA